AUGGUGCUAUCAAUAUGGUGUUUUCGAGAAAAAUUUGUAACCGUGGAGGACUUAGGAAAAACAUACGAAGGUUAUGACAACUAUUUCACGUUGAAGAUACACUACAGUGGUGUCUUCACCAAAGCACCAGGAAGGAAAUACGUUGAUGGUGUUGUAGCAUAUGUAGAUUAUGUUGACAUUGAUUUAUUUUCAGUUCAUGAGCUUGACGACAUGGUUCGAGAACUAGGGUACAAAACUGAGCAAACCCUUUACUACCAUUUCUGUAUCCCUGAAUACCCUUUGGACUAUGGCUUAAUGCCUUUAGGUAAUGAUCAAGAUGUACUUAAAAUGUUGGAGCCUGAUAGUGUGUCACCUGAAAUGAAUAGAAAGAAACCUUGUAGGAGAGAAGCAAGAUCGUGUAGUAGAAAGCUUGAUCUAAACAAGUCUAUGAACCCUGAUUAUGAGCAGUCACAAGUGUUAGAUGUUGAUGAAGGCCAUGAUUACUCAAAGAGUAUUCUACCAUUUAUAAGGUCACAAGAGGAUUACUCACUUUAUGUUGAUUAUGAUGCUGAGUUUAAUGUUCAAACUUCAUUUGAAAAACAACCAGAAGUGGAUUAUCUAAAGGGUAUGGUGAGUGAUGAUAGUGGAGAGGCUUUCUACUCUGAGAGUGGCCAUGGUUCUGAGGAUAGUGGAGAUGAUUUUGAUGAUAGUGAAUACAAUGUGGAUGAGUAUAACAUACAAUUUGAUGUAGAUUUAGACAUGAGUGAAUUCCAUAAUGCUGUUGAUGUAGAUGAACAUGGAAUCUUGAACAAUCAUUCAAAAGAUGAUGGAUUUGGAGUGGUUGAUGAUGAGUUGGAAGUUAUUGCCACUGAUGAUUAUCAAUUUGCAGGAUUUCAUGAAGAUGAUAGGAAGAGACUGCUAAAAGAGUUGAGUAAGUCAAGUACAUGCUCACAUGGAGAGGUUCAUGUUAAACCAUUUCAGAUUGGUCAGGUCUUCAAAACCAAAUUUGAUGUUAAAAACUACAUGAACUCACAUGCUGUAGCAACAAGGAGGUCUUUAUACCUAGCAAAAAAUGACAAAAUCCGGAUUAGGGUGAAAUGUAAAGGUGUUGUAAGUAAGCCUUCUACAGGAGUUGAUGGUGUUGGGCCCUCAACCAGAAGUAGGGAAAAGUGCAAGGGUAAAGAUGUAAUUGCCAAUAAAGUACAGGAUGAGCAUAAAUGUUUGCAAACAAGGGCGGUUAAAGCUUGCACUUCCAGAUACGUAGCAAACUUAAUUGUUCAACAAAUACAGAGUAACCCUAAAAUUCCAGUGAAAGCUUUACACGAAGACUUGUGCAAGAAAAUGGAGGUAGGAAUGUCAUUGCAAAAGGUUGCUAGGGCAAAGUCAAUGGCUGAGCAUAUCAUUAGUGGGGACUACCAAGUGUUAGGAUUCAAAUCUGGAUUAAGAGAUUUUCUAGGUCUGGAUGGUACUUUCAUGAAGGGCCCUUACCUUGGGCAAGUGUUAACUGCUGUAGGGUUGGACUCAAACAAUGGCAUAUACCCUGUAGCAUAUGCAGUGGUAGAGACAGAAUCAACAAGUAGUUGGACCUGGUUCUUGGAACUAUUAGGAAAAGAUCUGGAUCUGGGACCAAAUUCAAACUUUACCUUCAUUUCAGAUAGACAAAAGGGAAUAAUACCAGCAAUGGAGAAGGUAUUCCCUAGUGCAGAACACAGGUUCUGUUUGAGGCAUAUCCAGGAAAACAUGAAGAAACAAUGGAAAGGAAAAGACUUAAGUGACCAGCUUUGGGAGUGUGGUAGAGCAACAACAGUCAAUCAUUUUAACAAAGCAAUGGAUGAGUUGAAGAAGAUCAAUGCAGAGGCUCAUGGCUGGGUGUCUAAGAUCCCAGCAAACACUUGGGCUAAAUCUCACUUUAGUGGAACGGCACAUACUGAUUGUUUGUUGAAUAACCUUUGUGAGAUUAAGGCCGAUGCAUCAAAGUAUGUGGCUAAAUACAAUGGGGCAGGGAAGUACCAAGUGGCAAGCACAUGGAAAGACCAAUAUGUGGUAAACUUGAAUGAUCAAAGUUGCAGUUGUAGGUUUUGGGAGAUUACAGGUUUCCCAUGUAGACAUGUUGUUUGUGCUAUAUGGGACAAAAUUGAAAAUGGUGAAAAUGCCCCACAUGUUGAUGAAUGGGUCCAUCCUUGCUAUAGGUUAUCAACAUGGAAAGCCAUGUAUUUCAACAAAAUUGAUCCAUUGAAUGGACGUACAAUGUGGCCUAAAAGUGACUGCCCAUUCACUUUACUUCCACCAAAACAUAAGACACAAGUUGGGAGGCCUAAGAAGAAGAGAAGGAGGGGUGUUGAUGAGCAAACCAGCCAAGCUGGUAGAUUGAGCAGGAAAUAUUUGGCAGUCACUUGUUCAAAGUGUCAUAACAAAGGGCACAAUUCCAGAACAUGUAAAGGGCAGGGAGGCAGUGGUGAAGUUGGAGGGGGCUGA